CUCCGCUCAUCAUUCGGCGCUGGCACAUUAAUAUCGCCUUACCCAGUUCGCAACUGAGUGGGGUUUUUUCGCUGCGCCUUAUUGCGAACAUUUUCUCUCUCUCUCUCUCUUAUUGUAUACUCUUGUAUAUUUACAUGUUAUUUAUUCACUGCAGUUAAUGCUAGUCCCUCUGUCUGUUCUCUCCUUACAGCUGGGACUGCACGCUUAUAUUGUACAUCCAUACAUAUUUUAACUACAUCAUGUCUGAUGAUCAGCUAUCUCCACCUAAUGGUGGGCUGACUCAUUCAUCUCAGGACCAUAUCCUAGCCCCUUCUGAAUUAUUGCAACAGAUGGUGUCUACAUCGGUCCAAUCCGCCCUGGCCUCCGCCAUGUCAUCUGUCAAUGACAGCAUAUCAAAGUCUGUUUCCAUGGCGUUGUCACGGCAACACCGGGAAGGGCCGGCCUCUUCAGAUACCCCCUUGGUCGCCUCCCACAUACAAUCCCAGGCUUCCAGCCUACUAAGACCCGGCAAGUCGGACCGGAAGAGACGCUAUUGCUCCGACUUAGAUACCCACCUUACCAAUACACCUACUAUUGGAGGUGGUUCUAAACUAACUAAGACCUCAGUGCCUCCUGAGGAUACCAAUGUGAGUGCUCAGAACCCCACGGAUGGGGAUGACAUGCCCAGUGGAACCUCUCGGUCCUCCAGGCGUAAUAAGCCCGACUCUUUUGUUGAAGAUUCAGAUGGCACCUCAGACUCUGACCUCAGAUGAUUUGUAUGAGUUGGAGGACGAGGAUCUGGAAGGGAACGCGAGUCGUUCUCCUCCACAUAGCUCCGCUGACACAAGCGCCCCCGGGGCGAUCUUGGAUUCCAUGGGAAUUCCAUUCUUCAGCCCGGAGAAUAUCAAACACCCCCGUUCGGGGGAGUGGACGCCCAUGUCACAGGUGGCUGAUUAUGUUUCGGCUUGGCUGCGCAAAUCUUUAGAUGGUCGCAACCGCAAUAAACUGAGGGCGGAGUGUCCACGACCGUCACUGUCCAAUAAUGUCGCCAUGACGCCAGAGUUGGACCCCAUUCUGGUGCGCUAUCUGGUUAAGACCGGUAAAAACCCUAAAAAGGGUAUUGACAAAUCUUUCAAAGCUGUUCAGGACAAAUUGUUGGAUGUCCUUGGGCCUAUGACUAAGAUUUUACAAUUGGCCGAACAUGCUGUCGCUUCAGGUGAAGUAAUUGAUGCAGACAUUUUACGGGGCUGGGCAUUACGAGCAGUUUGCUUGCUCGGCAAUGCAAACACUGCGGCGUCUAGGGAACGCCGGAGAUCCAUCCUUAUGCGGCUGGAUCCCCAACUUACUCACCUGGCUACCGACGAACCUGGUCCACCAGCGGACGGUUUACUAUUCGGGGAGGCCUUUCUUAAAAAUAUAAAUAAGUAUGUUGGCCUUUUCUCGGCCUUGACAAAGCCCAAUCCUCUUUAAAAAAGGUGGGCGCUAACAAGGUUUUCCCCAGGGCUGGAAGGGGUAGGGGUCGCCCUUCCGGCCGUGCCACCAACUAUAGACCCUAUAACAGGGGCCACUACAUGCCUGACAGACAAUAUUACACACCAGUUCCCCAGCCACCACAGCCCUCAACUCCAUUCUUUCCGCCUAGAGGACGUCCGUGGAGAGCGAGGGGUGCCAGCCGCGGAUACCCAAGAUCCAGGGGCACAGGAUAUUGAAGAAUGGUUCUGCCUUGCCACGGUUCUUUGUUGGGGUCAGCUGCGUGACCUAUCCGGUUGAUCGUUCCUGUUUGAAGAUUGACGUUCUGCGUUAUUGGUUCAAGAUCCUCCGUGUGGACGCCGUCGCGCGAGUUCUGCAGUUUCGAUGCUGGACUUAGUCACGGCAUAAAGAAAGAGGAGGAGGAGGGGCUGCAGCUUGGUUAUAUAGGGCAGUCUAUGCUUGGAUUGGUGGGAUGGAGGAGGGAGUUGCUAUGGUUACUAGG